AUGCCCGGGAUUGUCGACACUGCUGCGCGCGGCGCUGUUCGCCCCAAGGCUGGUGCCGCUGCCAAGCCCAGUCUCGAAGUUGAAAUUAACCAGCACUUCACUUCCAAGGCAUAUACCUCUGGUUCCCACGUGUCUGGCCAUGUGGUGGUCAAGUCGCCCCGCGAUUUGAGCUACGAUGCCUUCAACAUCUUGUUCACGGGCACAGUUGCCACCCGCCUUGAUUUUGUCCAGUCCUACACAACCAACUCGGUAAGGACAUUUCUGAAGCUGCGAAUGCCAAUCGACAACGAGCAUCUUCCCGAGGACCGGGUGUUUCUGGCUGGAAAAACAUACAACAUCCCCUUCCACUUUGUCGUCCCCCACCAGCUCAUCAUCAAUUCUUGCAACCACGGUUGUGAGAACCCGGCUGUGAAGGACCAGCACCUGUACUUGCCGCCAACCAUUGGUUACUGGGAGGCUGACGACCAGGCCCCGGAUAUGACCCAUAUCGAGUAUGCCAUCAAGGCCCAGGUUGUCUCUCGCUCUGCUCCAGGCAGCGAGACCAAGUACGGUACUAUGGAGGGCAAGAAGAUCAUCAAGGUUCUGCCAGCUCUCCCAGAGGAGGCUCCGUUGGAUAUCAAGAAGAGCGAUGAGCGCUACUGCAUGAGCAAGACGAAGACCCUGCGAAAGAACCUCUUUGCAGGCAAGCUGGGUGAGCUCAAGGUAACCGGAAGGCAGCCCAAGGCUGUCAUGUUGUCAAGCAACGGCCUCUCUGCCUCCGAGACCACCGCACGGAUUAACCUGGAGUUUGAGCCGACGGUAGCUGAUGGAGUACCCCCGAAGGUCAACUCUGUGGCUGGCAAGAUCAUCACCACCACCUUCUUCGGCAGCACCCCCCAGGACAAGUUGCCCAACUUUGGCCCCAAGGACGCGUAUGCCACGAACCAGCUUCUCACAUACGAUGGCACCCACAACCUAUUUACCACCCGACCCGAGAAGGUGUCGUGGGCCCAGAGCCGCAUUCCCUUGCUGCGCAAGGAUUCUGGAUACUCUACUGUGGGCACCACUGAUGAGGACGAGAUGACUGCUUCCGACGAAGAGGCUCAGUCAAGCUCCCGGGUCAAGGAGAAGAAGAAGAAGUCUCCUGGUUCAGGCAUCAAGCACUGUGCUUCCAUCGACCUGCCCAUCAAGAUCCCCGUCUCGAACAAGAGGAUCUUUCUCCCCACCUUCCACAACUGCCUGAUUUCGCGCACAUACGUGCUGCAGCUCACCCUGUCCGUCGGGCCCUCGAACACGACAUUUUCGCUCAACGUUCCCCUGCAAAUCGGUGUCGAGCAGCGAUUUGACCCCCAGGGCGACGACGAGCUCCCGACCUUUGAGAGCGCUAUGGCUCAAGCUGAGGGUGCCGGACCCGACGAUUACCUGCGUCCUCGCUCGACGCUGCAGGUUCCAAACACAAACACCGUCCCGAUGCCACGAACCUGCAGCAUUCUUCCUGGCUACGACGAAAUCCGCCGUCCUUCGGUCCCAGUUGCUUGA